UCAAUUAUUUUUUUUUUAAAUUCUCUUUCUAAAUAAUCUCACAACUUCCUUUGUUGAACAUGACUGUAUCCCUAUUGCCUUGACACGUGACAUGCAGCAAGAGGAAACGGUCAGGACAUUUAAAUUUAACACAGCAAAUAGAGGGAAGAAAAAUCUAUUUACAUUUUGAAAGAAAUCCCUACAUGCAGAGGAAUCAAUGAAUGCUUGUUUAAAAAAAAAAAAGAGACUGUAUGGAGUGUUUUAUUCAAUAUAGAACAAAUGUCAAACGAUAUUUGAUCGACACAACUUCCUGGAACCAAGGUCGGCGCAUAAAAGUGAGCCAUAAAUGGACUCCUUCCCACCCAAAAAAGGUGGAUGACGCUUUUGUAUAAAAGAGAGAAGAGACAUCGCCCGGUCAGUGUCAGAGAAAGCGAGCGGAUGUACGGAAGAAGAAGAAAUUGAACCUUCCUGUCAAGCGUUCAUUUUAGGAUCAUCUCCAUUGAACCACUUGGCGAUCAUCAUGAUGAAUUUGCUUGCGGGGCUUUGCAUUGUGGCACUCCUGGCGUCGGCAAAGGCUCAAGGAACAACAACAGCAACAACCCAGACCCCAACUGGAAUCACCACCGAUGCCCAAUGGCCUACGGGCUAUUCAACCUUCGCCGCCACACCUGCAACCACCAACCAAAUGGUCCCCACCUCCAAUGGUCUCACCACAAUGAUGGCCACGCCAGAACCGCUCCCUCCUUUAUCUACCGCCACUCCAAACGUUUCUCCUUCAAGCGCGGUGAUGACCUCCAGGGCAAAGACCACACCAGAUCCCUUCACCACCCCCACGACGGCGCCGCCACCUUCUACAGUCACGACGACGACGCCUUCUACAGUCACGACGACGACGCCUGCAACCGCCACGGCCAUCCAAACAACCACCGAGUGCAACAGAGGAAGCGGAGGAGCUGAGUCGCUGCCGCCGCUGCUGCUGCUGCUCGGGGUCUCACUCUCUCAUAUCGUCGUCUGUACAUGAACGGAAAAAAAAACCCAAAUAUGCCUGAAUGACUCUUAGAACCCAAUCACAUGGUUUCUCGUUUCCCGGGAAACAAAAAUGAAAUAAUCGCUGAUUAAAUUUUUUUUUUUUUUUUUUUUUUUUUUACUGUGUGUUACACUCGGACAGCCACGCUCAAUAUUUUCAGUGUCAAAAGGAAAAAAAAAGUCAGAGUAUGAUGGGGAAAGUUUUUCACGGUUUUAUUUUAUUUUUUGUAUUUGUAUCAUUUUGUCGUUUGAUGACUAAAGCUUCUAACAAAAACACGCACUUCACCAGGAUAAAAAAAUGACAUUAUGACAUUAAAAUGAUUUGUAAUGCAGAAAU